AGGCAUCCCUGGUACCAGCACCGGGAUGGAAAGGGGUGGAACUGAAGACGGCCCGUAUGGCCUCGUUGCCUGCUGGAAGCGGGUCCCGCAGCCCCUCCCGCCCCGCAUUCCCCCUCACUGCACGGCGCCGGUUCCACGGGCACCCCGUCGGGGCCGCCCCCUCCACGUCCCCGCCCCGCGACCUCCCGCCGCAAGGGGGCGCGCCGGCGGAUGGUCCUCUCCGAGCCUUUCCUUGCGUGAGGCGAUAGCCAAUCAGCGCGUAGCUUUCCGGCGGGAAGGGGAGGGCGGCCGGAAGUGCCGCUCACUUCCGGCCGUGGCGGGCACCAUGUCGGAGGGGCGGCCGCUGCGGUUGCUGGCGCUGCACGGUUACCGGCAGAGCGAGCGCCGCUUCCGACAGCGCACCGGCGCGCUGCGCAAGGCUCUGCGAGGCCGCGCUGAGCUCGUAGCCCUCGAUGCUCCGCACCUCGUGCCCGGCAGUGAGGAUGAAACAAGCGACGACCCCCCACGUGGGUGGUGGUUUUCCAGGCCGGGAACUUUUGAGGCCUCGGAGGCAGCGGAUCGGCCGACAGGGCUGGAGGAAUCGCUGGAGGCCGUGGCGAGAGCGCUGGAGGAGCGCGGGCCUUUCGACGGGCUGCUGGGCUUCAGCCAGGGUGCGGCGCUGGCCGCUAUGGUGUGCGCCCUGCGGGCCCGCGGGGAUCCGCGCUUCCCCGUCACCUUCGCCAUCCUGGCGUCCGGUCGCUCAACGGGAAUUUGCAAUUUUCCAUUUUGUCCGGCCGUCGUCACCGGCGGUCCCCACGAUCCGGUUGGGUAA